UCGACGGUCGCGUGACAUGCUGACAUAAAACGGCUCGUCACUACCUUACUGUCGUCCGGGUCAGGAUGACUGAAAUGUCAGUAUCGAUUCACCUGACUGCCGGUUAUGCCGCGUCGCACAAAGCACUUCCGGCCGCAGGAGAGCCACGGGACGAUCCACUGAUGAAGAUGCGCCACGGAUAAGAUGUAGUCGGAAGGGGGACACCCAUCGAAGAAUGCGCAGCUUCCGGCAAUUUUCAUUCGGCACGUUCAUAUUCGCGACGUGUUAUUGCAUCACGUACGGUAGUCCGUAUGAUGAUACGACAACCGACAAACAAAAUUCCGUAAAGUCAACGAUACCUGCAGAAAUGAAAAUAACAUCUUGGAACGACAUGCCGUUCUCCGGACUAGUGAAGGAGAAUGGGACGUGGGUGGGAAAAGGCUACGCGUUUUACUUGCUCGAGCUGCUUAGUUCCAAAUUAAAUUUCACAUACACGAUCGUGCCGCCUAAGCAGCACGUGCUGGGCAACAGCCAAAGCGGAAUAUUGAAUUUGCUUUACGAGAAGAAGGUAGACAUGGCGGUGGCCUUCUUGCCUAUUUUGCCGGAGUUGCGGAAGUAUUGCACAUUCAGUACGACCCUGGAGCAAGGCGAGCUGACGGCGUUGAUGAAGCGACCGCAAGAAUCAGCAACCGGUUCGGGACUGCUCGCGCCGUUCGACCAAACCGUUUGGUUGCUGGUGCUGGCCUCGGUGGUCUCCGUAGGACCCGUAAUCUACGUCUUCGCCACGUUCAGGGCGAAGUUGUGGAAGGACCCCAACUCCGAGAACUACACCUUUCUCUCUUGUAUAUGGUUUGUAUACAGCUCGCUGUUGAAACAAGGAACGAAUAUAAUCGCGACGACAGACUCGACGCGGAUUCUGUUCGCCACAUGGUGGAUAUUUAUUUUGAUACUGACGUCUUUUUACACGGCGAAUCUUACCGCGUUUCUCACGAAGCCACAGUUUACCUUGCCGAUUAACAGCGUGCAAGAUAUAGUGCGUAAAGGUUACCAAUGGGUCACUUAUAAAGGGCGCACGCUCGACUUCUUGCUUUCUGAUUUCAACGAUACGGAAGAAUUAAGUUCCUUAAAUAUCACAAGAUGGAAAGGCCACUACAUCACGUCGUACGAGUAUCCGAUUAAGGCUAUUUUCAACGCCGUAGAUAAGAACAAACUGUUCCUCGGGGAAACCCAUUACCUCCAAAGUCUGAUAUUCGAGGAUUAUAUCAACAAAACUCGCAAACACCUGAAGCAUCAGAAGAGAUGUACAUACGUCAUUAUGCCCAAUGCGAUUCUCGUGAUCAAUAAGGCAUUCGCCUUCCCCAUAAACUCUACUUUGGAGCAACCGUUUAAUAAAGAACUGAUGACUCUAGUGGAGUCCGGUAUAAUAAAGCGUGAGAAGCUGAAGAGUCUACCGAUCGCGCAGAUCUGCCCGCUGGAUCUCCGGUCUAGCGAAAGACGAUUAUCGUUCACCGAUCUAUCCUUGACGUUCGAAGUGGUCGUCGCCGGAUAUAUAAUCGCGAUAGUGGUGUUCCUUCUCGAGAUAGCAAUUAAAUCGAUGGCGAACUCUUACAAGCGGCGAAAGAAGACCGGCAGAUCGACGUGCGAUCGCACGUUCUCCUGCAAGUGGAAACGGAAAUCGAAGGACACCGUGACUUCGCGAUUGGUCUACACCACGAAGAGUCAGCUCGACAAGCGGAACGGUUUGCAGAAGGACAUGCGACCGUCGUAUCCGAACGGCCGUCAGACGCACGACGUAGCUCAAGGAAAGAAACACUGCAUUAACGGACGCGAUUAUUACGUCGUGCUGGAUCGUUACGGCGAUCAAAGAUUAAUACCUAUUCGCACACCAUCCGCGAUUCUGUUUCAAUACACGGCGUAACAAAGGGACAAGAUAAACCGUAUAACAAAUCACCGAUGGAAUCUAUCCAAAAUUUUAGCAAUUUCGUAUAAAUUGCACGCUAAGCGCCGUUAGUCAAAAAUUGUAUAGUCAUCAAUCAUGCAAUCAUUCAUUAACAUAAUUUAAUAUUUACAAAAUAGUGUUUCCAAUUAUGGCAAUUAUUAUAAUUACUAAUACUCUAUGUACAUUUUACGUCAAGAUAGUAAUUAUUUAUUUAAGAUGUAUUGAAUAUAAUAUAAUAUAGAAAAAUGGGCAGAA